AUGACGCAGGAUCGUCUGCUUGAUCGUAUUGUAAAUCUUCUCCAACCAGACUUUGAAAGCUCCGAUAUCGAGAACGUACGUCAUUAUAUAACUGUUUACAAAGGAAUGUUCCUCAAAAAAGCUGAUUAUAUUGUACAAGUAUCUUUCGCUGGAUUCCUCGGCAAAACGAAAGUCGCGAAAAGUUGCACUCAUCCCGAAUGGAAUGAGCAAUUUUCCCUUAGCUGGUUAUUUCCAUCCUUGUGCCGUACAUUUCUUAUACAGGUGCUAGCUAACGAGUUACUACAGUGGAAAUGCAUUUGCAACUUUGAAGUACAUUUUGAUGAUAUUACGUUCCCAGGUAGUUUUCCUUCAUUUGGGCCCAGUUUCCUGCAUCUGUACGACCCCAUCAAUACCAACAAUUAUAUUGGACGAAUAAUGAUAUCAAUAAAAACCGAAAAACUUCAAAAACAUUUGAGCCCUGUUCGCUGCAUAAUUUCGAGGAGGGUUCCUACUUUAUCAGAAUCUUCUUUUUGGGCGGUUGAAAAUUUUGUCAUUGUGGGUUUGAUUUGGACCGGCGACUUCAUUCAAGUUGCAUCGAGCAAUAUUAAAUUCAAACUUAGAUGCGGAGAGUAUUGUUCGAACUUAGUGGAAGCGUUUUUACAUAGUUACAAGAAUUCGUCGAAUUACAAAUAUUUCAAACAGGAAUCCCCGCAUGGGAUAAUUCGACUGAGUGGAUUUUUUCCAGAUUAUAGACUGAAAUUUGAAGCAGAUCAAAUUUUGAAAGAUUUAACUGAAAUUAUGAGAAGACAACUUUAUAAUUAUAAAUUAUUUGAAAUCAAAUAUGACAAAAACGAGGCAGUCCAUGCAAAGUGUCUGAGGGCGAUUAUUUCAUCGUUCCAGGAGAAGGUUGUGCAGGAACGAGGACACAUUGAGUAUUCCGGCUUUAAACAACUAACAGACUGGGAUAAAGAGAGGAUAAGGUACAUCACGGAUUAUUUGUCGUCUCUUACGGCAAGCAGGGAAGACUUUAAGUAUUUGCUUAAGCCCCAACUAUAG